AUGACCUCGAGCGCCAGCACUGGCAGCAGCAAACCCCGGCGCCAAGAAGGGCCCCCAAACCUUCAAGAUCUCAAAGCAACUUGCGACUUCUGCGCCCUGUCUAAAGUUAAGUGUGAUCGUGGCAGGCCUCGGUGUCAGAGAUGCAUCCGCAGCGAGCUCGAAUGCCGUUACAGCAAGAAACGCCGGAUUAGCAAAGCGCGUCAAUUAUUUGCGGAUCCCGGGUCCGACGGUUCAGGGGAAAGCGCUUCCUGGGCCAGUCAUUGGACCCAGAAGCCUGAAAUCGAAGGUUGCGACGGCGGCGGGCCGAAGGAAACAUCGACCUCUCAGAGCCCCGGGGGGAACGUGCCGGUGUUGUCGGAAUCCGCAAUGUUUUUGGAACUUUUCAACCCGAGUCAAAUGGACAUUGCGGCAGACAUGGACAUGUCAGCUAUCCAACCGUUCGCCAGUGGAAACGAGAGCGUAAACGACAGCUCCCCGAAUGACUUCAUGCUCAUGUUUGACAAUCGACAAUACCCAGAGCGGGAUCAGAUUCCAAGUGUGACUGAGAAGAGUAUGGCAUUGACCCCACUGGGUGUUGGUUUCUCAUUGGGAGAGCACGCCAAAGACGAUCUGCAGUUGUGCCAGGCAAAUCGCCGUGGAGGUCAUUGUAUAGAGCGAUUAUGUGUGGCCCUUGAGAGCUUGCAUAUGCCGGUGUCACGCUGCUCUCGGCAGGGCGGUGACGCGCAGAGCCCAAUGAACCCCUCAUAUGGCGUCGAUAUUACGCUGAAGAUCAGCCGCAACGUCAUCGACAUCGCGCUUGAGACCCUGUCAUGCUCAUGCGCCAACAAUAGUAACAUACUCUCCAUCCUGGCCCUCAUUGGGAAGCAGGUCAUGGAUCUGUAUUGGAAUCUGUCGAAAGAGCAGUCCCUGUUUUUCAGAGACGGGCCUUGUCUCAGCCCUGACAACUUCGAAACGUCCAGCAAUGGCCAACCAGAGGUUGCGUCUCCUGCUUCUCGCCUACCUAUCGCUAUUGGCGGUUAUGUUCUAGACGAAGAAGCGCGAAAGAAGGUUCUCUUGCAGGUGUUGGAACUAGAGACGGCCAAGAUGGGCCCUUUUUUUUGA